AUGAGGCCCUUCAUGGUUCCUGGCAUCGCCAGGAAACUAUCCUUCCUCUUCCUCGCCCUUACCGCCGUCUCCGUCUCCGCCCAGCAAGAUGUCACCACCACCGCCGAAAGCGAGGUUCCCGAAUGGGCAAAGCCUCGCGGCAUGCAGCUGUCCCUGUCGACGAAUCCAGGACUCCAGUUCGCUGUUAUUCCCCUCACCCCGAACUUGGGCUUGAACGAUACAACCGGCGUGGUUAUUGAUGUCAUUCGAAUCAAUGGCGACAUGAUUGCGGCAGAUCAGUCCAACUAUAACAAGAUCAACGAGACCUCCGACGUCGCGUACCUAUCCUGCGACGAACCCAAAGACGAUUCAUACAUCCAACCCGAAAAGAUGCUGUACCAAUUGAUGACCACCAAGCCUCACAUCAGAGCCAUCGUGCUCUACUCCACAAGUUACACCUGGUGUUCAAUCAGCCAUACCGGCGACCUCGAAUACACCAGCAUCCUGUCAAUGGCCGACGGCGGAGAGGCCAUGCAGGCGCUAAACUAUCUCAACCGCAGCCGCGGUGACAGCGUUAGAGUUUCCAUCACGGGCAACACCACCGACGACAAUGCCCAGGCAGAUGAGGACUCAGGCAAGAACAAUAACGCAGUAGCCAUGAGUGUUCUGUACAGCAUUACCGGCCUCAUCACUGUCCUGUUUCUCGCUAUUAUCGCGACAGGCGCAAUUAGAGCCCAUCGAUACCCUGAAAGAUAUGGUCCGCGAGGUGCGCUUGGUGGCCGACCCCGUCAGAGCCGGGCCAAGGGACUCGCCAGGGCUGUCCUCGACACUAUCCCCAUUGUGAAAUUUGGGAAUCAGACACCAGCAAAACCGGAUCCUGAACUAGAGCUAGAACCUACCGAAGGAAACGAUGGAGCAACGCAGCGGACUGCUUCGCGCCUAAGUGAGGCUCGGCGAUCUGAUGCAGCACCGGUAGUAGGCGCUGAUAACGAGCCUGUUUCGGCCGGGGCUAGAGCCGCAUCAUCACCCGAAGAUGCCGAGGGCAAGGAUGACGAUCAUCUGGGGUGCUCUAUCUGCACAGAAGACUUCAAGGUUGGCGAAGACGUUAGAGUCUUGCCCUGCCAGCAUCAGUUCCAUCCUGCAUGCAUCGACCCUUGGCUGAUCAACGUGUCCGGCACGUGCCCGCUCUGCCGUUAUGAUCUACGCCCCGGCAAGGGCCACGAAGGUCAAAAUGAAGCUACUGGGGACACCAGUGCACUACCCCCGCCGCUUGCCCUUGAGGGUGCGGAGAACGAUGCCCCGCUAGCAUCCCAUCGCAACCGGUUAUCACGGAUCUUUGACAUUAAUCGGCUUCGAGAGGGGACGGUGGAGGAGCAGAUUGACGCCCUACGGCAGAUGCGGGCGGAGACGAAUGAAGCUGAGCGGCAGCAGACAACAGAAGCUGUAGAUGGCGAGUCUCGAGGCCAAAGCGCACGAUUCGCAACCAAGCUAAAGGAGAGAUUCCGCAUCCGUACUCGCGCCCAGUCCGGUGAGGAUCAUGAUAGCCAGGGUUGA